AUGGCCACCGAACUUACCGUGCAAUCGGAACGUGCUUUCCAGAAGCAACCUCACAUCUUCCUCAACGCCAAAACCAAGGCGAAGUCCCGCAGAGUCGGAAAGGGUGGACGAAGAUGGUAUAAGGAUGUUGGUCUGGGAUUCCGUACACCAAAGACCGCCAUUGAUGGAAGCUACAUCGACAAGAAGUGCCCCUUCACUGGUCUCGUUUCUAUCCGUGGUCGUAUCUUGACCGGUACCGUCGUUUCUACCAAGAUGCACCGAACCCUCGUUAUCCGCAGAGAAUAUCUUCACUUCAUCCCAAAAUACGCCAGAUACGAGAAGAGACACAAGAACUUGUCCGCACACGUUUCCCCAGCUUUCCGUGUCCAGGAGGGUGAUCAAGUUACCGUUGGCCAGUGCAGACCUUUGAGCAAGACCGUCCGAUUCAAUGUUCUUCGCGUACUUCCCCGAACCGGCAAGGCUGUUAAGCAGUUCAGCAAGUUCUAA